UGGGUGGUGCUGUUCGGGUGUGACCACACGCUUCGGACGAACAGCGAUGAUAAUCUUCGAAGUGUACAGUACGUGAGCUGCAAGAUGUGAGGUACUUGAACGCACCGCCGCGAGAUAAUGAAGCCCACCAUGAAGAGGAACCAAAACAGCUCAUCGUGGUUCUGGGAGUAAAACACUCUGAUGUGUGUGGAUUAUGGGUCGUUUAUGGAUUUCUUGUACAAUCCUCCUUUUGACGACUUUUUGGGUGAUCUCAGCGUUGACGGACGGCGGCGAAGAGUCCUGCAAUGGUGCAUUCGAUGUUUAUUUUGUUUUGGACAGGUCAGGCAGUGUGUCAGGACACUGGCAUGAGAUCUUUGGAUUUGUGGAGCAGCUCACCAAGAAGUUUGUCAGUCCCAGGAUGAGAGUGUCCUACAUUGUCUUUUCAGCCCAAGCAGUUGUAAUCCUGCCAUUAACCGGAGACAGGUCCAAGAUCGAUGAGGGUUUGACUAAACUGAGCCAAAUCAACCCCGCUGGUGAAACAUACAUGCACGAAGGCUUGAAAGCAGUGUCGGAGCAGAUGAAGACGCAAACGUCGCCGUCUCGCAGCAUCAUCAUUGUUCUGACCGACGGCAAACUGGAGGUUUACCCUUUUGAGCUGAGUGUGCAGGAGGCUGACAAAGCUCGAGGUUUUGGAGCCCGAGUGUACUGUGUCGGGGUCAUGGACUUUGACCACAAGCAGCUUGCUGAAAUAGCAGACGGCGCCCAGCAAGUCUUCCCGGUGUUGUCGGGCUUUCAUGCGCUCAAAGAUGUCGUCAGCUCGAUCCUAAAGCAGUCCUGCUCAGAAAUCUUCACGAUAGAACCCUCAAGUGUUUGCGUCAAUGAAUCUUUCAGCGUGGUGCUGAGAGGAACUGGCUUCAGUGGAUCCAAGAGAACAGACAACGUUCUCUGCUUCCUCACAGUCGGCCAGGACACAUACAGCCAAAAGGCAACGCUAGUGAGAGAUGGUCAUCUGCUGUGUCCUGCUCCAGUGCUACAUGAGGUCGGAGAAGCCGUUGAGGUGCUGAUCAGUUUCAACGACGGGCAGUCGUACAUUUCUGCUCCCAUCACCAUCAACGCCACAAACUGUUCAAAUGGGAUCUGGGUGUUGUGGCUGCUCUUGGCUCUUUUGCUGUUGCUGGGUUUUGGCCUCCUUUGGUGGUUCUGGCCUCUGUUUUGCACUGUGGUGAUUCGAGACCCACCGCCGUCUCGCCCUCCUCCUCCUCCUCCCCCGCCUGUACUCGAGCAAAAGGAAGACUUAUUCCCCAAACACAAGUGGCCCACAGUGGAUGCGUCAUACUAUGGGGGUAGAGGCCCUGGUGGAAUCAAACGCAUGGAGGUCCGAUGGGGGCAGAAAGGCUCCACGGAGGAAGGCUCAAGGCUGGAGAAAGCCAAGAACGCGGUGGUCACCAUGCCAGAUGAAGUGGAGGACGAGGCCAUCGUACCUCGACCACCGCCAAGGCCUCCGCCCGUUUACAACCCCCUGCCAGAGCCCAAAUGGUACACGCCCAUCAAGGGUCGUUUCGAUGCAUUGUUGGCAUUGAUGAGAAGGCAGUACGACAGAGUGGCAAUCAUGAGGCCGUCACCUCGUGAUAAGGGCCGCUGCAUCAACUUCACGAGAGUUCACUGAGACACCUGAAACGGAAACGAAUUACAGCAUUACUAGUUUAGACCAAAGACAUAUUAUAUAUACUGUGUGACGAAAAUGUAAAUAAUUAUUAAAUGUUUUUUUUCUUACAUUUA